GGCAGGUUUAAAUGAGUCAUGCGAUUUAUACCCACGGCAGAGCGAGCGAGCGAGCGAGCGAGCGAGCGAGCGAGGGAGAGCGUGGAAGGAGCGCAGCUUCGGGUUUUAAGAAGAGAAACCUAAAGACUCCUUAGAUAUGGCCUUCAACACACUGACCUCAAGAGCUGUUCUCUUUUAUGAUGAGUGGAUUAAGGAAGCGGAUCCACGGACCGAGAACUGGCUGCUUAUGGCCUCCCCGUUCCCUCAAACUAUUAUCAUCGCUACCUACGUCUACUUUGUGACCUCGCUGGGGCCUCGGCUGAUGGAAAACCGCAAGCCCUUUGACCUCAAGCGUCCAAUGAUAAUCUAUAAUUUCAGCAUUGUGGCGUUCUCCCUCUACAUGAUUUAUGAGUUUCUUAUGUCUGGUUGGGCGAACGGCUACACCUAUGGGUGUGACCUCGUGGAUUAUUCCAGUUCUCCUCAGGCUCUCAGGAUGGCGUGGACCUGCUGGCUGUACUACUUCUCAAAGUUUAUUGAGAUGCUUGACACUAUUUUCUUUGUCCUAAGGAAAAAGAACAGCCAGGUUACUUUCCUUCACGUCUACCAUCACUCCAUCAUGCCCUUCACCUGGUGGUUUGGGGUCCGAUUCGCUGCAGGUGGUCUGGGAACCUUCCAUGCCCUGCUGAACUGCAUUGUCCAUGUGAUAAUGUACACUUACUAUGCUCUCUCUGCCCUGGGACCCGCCUAUCAGAAGUACCUGUGGUGGAAAAAGUAUAUGACCACCAUUCAGCUGGUUCAGUUUGUGCUUGUGACUGCUCACAUUGGCCAGUUCUUCUUCAUGAAGGACUGUCCUUACCAGUUCCCUGUGUUCCUCUACGUCAUCGGUCUCUAUGGGCUGAUCUUCCUGAUCCUGUUCCUCAACUUCUACUAUCACGCCUACACCAAAGGCAAGAGACUUCCCAAGGUCCUCCAGAACGGAAACUACCUUCUCAAGAAAUCAGAGUGAUCUUUCCAUUGGCCAGCUAAAAGUGAAGCUCUAACCUAUCAAGUGGGAAAAUAUUUCAUCCGUUCAAAUUCCACUUUGCUGUUUUAUGUUAAAACUAAUGUGGAAUACACCCACCUUAUCACUGGAUUUAAGACUUCCAAAACUUGCACACUGGUGUUUCACUAGAGAUGCUGUCCUCAUUUUUUGUUGUCUUCACUUAAGGCUUUUGAAAUGAGUAAGGGGUGGGAAGUACAGUGUUUUUGUUCUAAUAGUUUAAUUUGCCUGUAAAUUAUUGAAUUUCUCAGCUUUUGGAGUAUGAUUGACCUGUUGGCCAAAUCUGAAGAGGUUAUGAGAGCACAGGGGAUUGACGUUAGCUUCUAAAAAGGUUUUUGAAGGUGGUUUUUAGUUGUAACUGAAUGAGCCUGAGGCCUUUUGACCCCCAGAGGAACGCUUGACUGAUUUACCUGGUUUUGCUCGAACCUGAAAGUUUACCACAUGCCACAGAAGUGACAUCAUCCGAAGACAUUUUGUCAAUGACCUAUGCUGUGUGACUAUUUAUUCUGUAUUUAAUAUUGCUGUUUUUCUUAAUGUGAUUAUUUUUAAAUGCUGUUGAUUUGUAGGAAUUACCCGUUAUGCUUUUAUGUUCUACUGAUCAGCUGUGGAAAUGGAGGACCAGAACAAUGUUACAGGAAUCUUUUGUCUUUUUUAAAUUUGACAUGUCCAAUUUUGUGAAAAGAGAUGAGGUUUUAUAACGAAACAAAAUAAAUUAUUUGUCACUCA